GUAUACAAAACGGCGGGAUAUGUGUAAGCAUGCGAUGCGCCGCGGAAAUGUAUUUCCAGUUGCUCAGUCACUCAAACAAUGAAUUUUGAAGGAAAAACUAGUAAAUCUGAUCGUCAAGUUAUCUAUAAAAAUGUUUCAGUCAGAAAGCUGAAAACAAAGACAAGUGAAAAAAGUUUCAUCUGGACAAAUGUCACGCUUCAUAUUAUACUAUUUCUUAUGGCAACAACAGCUGGUUAUUUGCAUUGUUUUCAUGUUUCGAAUUUACAUGAAAAUGACCUGUUUUUCUCACACUUAUCCAAUUUGGAGCGUGAGCUGACAUUUAGGACUGAAAUGGGAUUUUACUACUCCUACUUUAAACAAAUCGUUUCAGCAUCAACUUUUGUGGAAGGAUUCAACUCAUUGCUUACUGAUACUAGGACUGAAUAUCCGCCUUGCUUAAACCUAGUAAAUGAUACAGGUACUCAAAAGAAUAAUCAAUGUGCAAAUCUUAAUUCUAUUGAACGGUUUAAUCUGUAUCCUGAAUUGUUGCUAGCUGGUGCUUACAGAUUCUUACACACAUUUGAUUUGAUCAGACAUUACUGUUUUCAAGUUAAAAGAGAUCCACCGACUAAUCCAAUCGCGAUCGCUAUAAAUCCAAAUAUAAUGGCAAAUUUAUCACAACUUAGAAAGCUAGAUGUAAUACCAUCGAAUCAAUUGAAGAUCAACAGUAACUCGAUUAUAAGUUGUGAUGGAUCUGGCGAACCGCCAUAUUUCUAUGUAAAUUCAGUAUUCAUUUUGUCAGGUCUGGUACUCUUCGGUUUAACUUACUCUGGUUGGUUUGUUGCUAAGAUUGGGAGUUCAAAUCAAUCUAAAAUGGAUUAUAUACUACAGCUUAUUGGCGGAUUUCUUCCAAUUUUAGCAUAUUUCUCUAAUCAUAGAGAAGCUACACGUGUUCAAUGGACUCCACCAUUGAGAGAAAGCUUUGCUUAUCCAUUCUUUAUAAUUCAACAGUCUUUUUUAUUAGGUUAUUUUGGAUCAAAUCAAAUGUUACGAUCAUAUCGAGGGAAAAGUUUCAUUUGUUUACCAAUAUACUGUAUACUGCUAUUGAGUUGUCAAAUUUCAUGGCAAUUUUCCCAAUUCGCUUUACUUACUCAAAUUAUAUCGAUUAUUUGUGCCUUUUGUUUAUCACUAUCAUCAAAUACCCCUUAUUCUCUUAGUUCAAACCAACAAAAAUCAGUUAUUCUAAGCCUUUUAUUCAAAAUAAAACAGAUCAUAUGGAUUCAUUUAAUUGUAUUCAAUUUAUCAUUUAUAUUACAAUUUGGCAAUCGUUUACUUCUACAGUCUGGUUAUAUGUUUAUUCUACUAAGUAGUUUAUUAAGUGUAUAUAUACUUCAACAACUAGUAAAUACCUAUAAUCCAAUGACAAUUAAAAAGAAAGAAGUAUCUACUCGAUCAUCAAUGAUGAAUAUUACAUUUAUACGUUUUCUUUGCUUACCAUUAUUGGUUGUCUGUCUAUGUACGAUCGGAUUAAGUUUACUAUUCUCAGUUUUCUCAAAGUAUGCUUUCAAUAAUAAUUAUGAUUUAAACAGAAGUAAUGAUAAUAAUCACAAUGAUGGGGGCCAUAUAUGGGAUUUAUUAAAGCAUAAAUUAACCAUAUUAUUUGGUAUUACAACUUAUAAAACAUUUCAUACAAUGUUGUAUAUAUGUGCACCAGAGUUUGAUUUUAUCAAUUGGGCCACUUUAAAACAACCUCUUGAAACUGGUCUUAUAUACGGUUCCAUUCUAGUCUGCUUCAUCGUUUCUUUCAAAUUAUUCAGGAACUUGUUCAGUUCUCAUCGUCACCAUCAUCUUUCAGUAACUGUAAAUAACCAGUUGUUUAACAGUGAUAAUUUGUCAAGCUGUGAAUAUUCAUUUCAAAUAUUGCGAGAUUUUAUUUCACUAUUAGUUAUCAUUCAGUUGGCGAUUUUUACGAUUAUGGCUAUGUUAAUUAUGAGACUCAAACUGUUCUGGACACCUCAAAUGUGUUUAUCACUCGCUAUAUUAGCUCAACCUACACGAUGGUUUGAAAUGUUUCAUGCAUUGAAAAGCAUUGGUGGCCGUAUAUUUCGUACAUCAUCAUGGAAUAGCGCCUGUGAACCUGAAAAAAAGACAAAACGUCUAUUUUGGUUUCAUCAUGUUAUUUAUACAACAAUACUAGUAUUGUUCAUAGCGUUUAUGGCUGGACGUGGAUUGGAGAAUUUAAAAGUUAGUUGUAACUUUUACUGUCGACUUUUGAGUUUCACUGCUAUUAUAUUAUGUUAACGUCGUAGGCUUCUUUUAACCAUAUGGUUUUUGAUAUCAUGUAAUAAAAAUAAAGUAAAAGCUGGUAUUAAUAUGGACCCAGCGAAGUUAUCAAACUAGAUCAGUACAACAAGAUGAUCUAUUGCAAAAUAUUCGAAGUAAUGCCCUGUGAUAAUUAAAUCAAUAGACGUCUAGAAUAUGGCUCAAAAAUGAAUGGUUGUGUGGAAUAAAUAGUUUGAAACAACAUUGGAACUCAAGAUUUAAGGGUAGACAAAAGAUAGAUGAAUAUGGGCCACGAUGACCGUUUUGUAGCAAUAUCACCCAACGUCAAUCAUUGGUCGUAAUAAUCUUACAGACAAACUCCGGUCAAGAUCUUUGAACCUUCCCACAUGAUUCAGUUAAAUAAUCAAUAACUCCAUGGAAUAUUGUUUGAUGCUCUACAUUAUCGUCUACUUAACCUCCAUUAUUAGUCUAGCUAUUCACAAGCACAGAAAUUAGUCUGUAGAAAUCUCUUGAUGUUAUUCCUAACUUUCGUUAUGAACAAGUAUUUGAGUGAUCACUUGAACCUCUAAUUAUUAAUGUAAAGUCUAAUUACUUAUUAUCAUCUGAUAUUUGUCAAAUUAUUGCUAUAUGUGACCAAAUUAUUUCUGUAUAUUAUUUUGUUGAUCUCCAUCUAAUUAGGUUGUUGAACUAUUAAGCAUAAAAAAUCAUGGGACUUCAUAGUUCAGUCGUGUAUAAUUAAACGUUCAUCCUGAUACAAAGUUUGAUAGUAGUGGCUGACACGAUAGACUUCACUUACACGGCUAUUACCAGCUGGUAUAGUUAGUCAAUCUGAAUAUUCUUUGUUUUGGUAACAAUUUAUUACAAAACUGGAAGUUGGAGCUAGAAACAUUAUAAUUGAUAGGUUUUAAUACACCAUUUGUUAACUGGUAAUGAUCACUUAAUUUUGGAUAUGGCGAAAAAGAAAAAAUCAAACAUCAACAAAAUAAAUUGUUCCAACUGUGAGAAGCACUCCAUCAAACAAAGUGGGAGUGCUCUUCCUCGUCGUUUGCACGAGCACCUAUGCUGUUAUGUAUCUUUGCUUAAAUCAAUACACAUACACAAUUGUAGGCACAUAUUGUACUGGGGAAACGUUAAAAUCUUGGAAUACAAAGAAUAUUAGAAACAUUUUAGAAGCUUGAUGCUCAGGUCAAUCAAUCUAUAAACACACUGAAACCGACUCAGUAUGUCAACCAAUCAGAAAAAUCGUGGACAACUACAGAAUCAAGAAUUGAGUCAAAGGGGAGAGACAAGUAAAAUAAACAUGCAGACAACGGCGGGUUAAAGGUUGACAGAACAAGCUGUCGGUCUUUUGUGGAAAAAUCCGACUACCUCACUUCUAUCUGAAGUUUGAGCUGAUGUUGUUUUUCAAAAGAACAAUGAAAGUUUUACGAUUAAGCCAUCCAGUCGAAAAGACGAAACUUCACCAAAUAGACAUAUAUAUAAAAUAAUCCAAAAACUAACUAAGCAUAUUCAUUUUUGUGAUUCAUAUUUUGUACUUUACUUACGAAUUUACCUAGAGUGUGACGUGUGAACAAGAAGCUUAUCAUUAAAUACCAACAUUAUAUAAUCUGAAAAAGUCCAAGCCAGAUUGAUGAACAAAACGUUGGAAUUAUUUAAAUUUGAAUAGCUAAAAUUAUUCUAAUACAAUUUCUACAUUUAAUGUCUUCUGUAUACUCGGCGCCCAAUUUCUACCAAAUGUUCACAGAAAGAAUCUUAUCAUCCUGUUAUUCUUCGUAAUUUCCUAGAGUUAAGUGAUUAGACUUAGUCACACUUUUACUUGAUUAUAUAAGUAUUAAUAGGUCAUCUUUUAACAAAUUAACCAAUUUAUAAGCCUCAUUUUAUUUCAAGAGGAAAAUGUACUGACAUAGUUUUGAGAGAAAAUGUCUAAUAGUCAACUAAAUCUCUGAUCAACAGGAUAAGCUGUUAGUUAAUUUUGAAAAAUCCCUAGUAGCUCACUAGUUUUCCAAAUGAAUCUUGAUGAUGUUGUCUAGAAAUACAAUCAAAAGCUGCACAACUAAACUGUUCAGCUCAAAGAAAACAAUACUCUUUCUGAGCUACAAAUAUUUUUGAUCAUUUUGAAAAAAAACCCACUUAAUUUAAUGUUCAAACUGAUGUUAUCUUUCUCAUACACUAAGUUUUCUGAUUUUUUUUAUGUUAAAUCUGUUAAAGUCAUUUUCCAAGUUCAUGAUAUUGAUAAAUAUUCCAAUAGUUCAAGAUAAAUAUUGCAUUCUUACAUAAUUUUUUAUUCCAAUCCUUGUUAGUCUGAAUGGAGUAUACAAGGUUCAUUCAGUGCGUAUGAAAGUGAAAUAUUAAUUAAUUGGUUUCGAAGUUUACCGCAAAAACGUGAAGAUUCUACCUUAUCGUCAUCAUCUUUAUCAUGGAUUAUAUCUGGACCAAUGUCUUUGUUAGGCAAUCUACGUUUAACAUUACCAGCCUCUGCUCCUUAUCCAUCUACUCAAAUUGUUUCAUUGAAUGAAUCUGGAUUUGCUUUUACAAAUCAUCCACAUUAUGAGAAUACAAUGCUUCGUUAUAGAACUAUUUUAGCUUAUGGGAUUUAUAGUCGUAAACCUGUUCAUGAUGUAUGGCAUACAUAUCGUCAUAUUUUAAAAGCUGAUUUUGUAAUAGUAGAAACUCAUACAUGUCCGUCUAGAGGUGGAUGCAGUAAACCGGAACUUUUUGAUCUACUCGAUACAAAUCUUGCUGGACGUCCAGCACUAUGUGAAUCACUAAUGAAUAUACAAGUUUUAAAAGCUGGUAGAACUCCGAGUACUUUGGAACCAUAUUUUACAGUUGUUUAUGUUGAACUGUACACAGGCAGAGUUGUACUAUAUGUGAAUAAAUUGACGUAAUAUAUAAUGAAAGCAAGUAGGCUGCUUACGGCUUUAAAGAUUAUGUACAGUGUCGCCAUGAAUGUAUGUUACCCAGAUGCUCAAUCAUUUGUGAUUACAAUGUAAAUCUCUUUGUAAACACGAACUACUAAUCAUUUCAUUUUUAAAAUGUUAUUAAAUCUAAUAUUAUCAAAAGUUAUGCAUAGCAUUUAAAUAAACGUUAUUUGGUUGUUGUUU